AUGUUGAAUCAGUCUCCUAUUGACAGAUCCAUACUAGAUCUCCAACUCCAAACCCAAACAACAUCUUUCUUUCCCCCUCCCUUGCCCGAAGGGGAAAGAAACCUCCCCCCAACUCAAAGUCCAAAAGCAACCCGAUACCACAUAUCACAUCCGCGUGAAGAGGAGGAAAAACUUCUUACAAGCAUCUUCUGUCCUCAGUGGGGCCGAGAGCGCUCCACCGCCCAGCCCAGCUCAGCUCAGCCCAGCCUCACCCGUUAUAUUAUCCCGCAUUCCCAAAUCAACCACUACAUCCGCGGCCAGUAG